ACACACGCACACACAUACACACACGCUCCUCAUGUAUUUUUCAUGCUGUUGAAUCCUCCCCCGGUCGGCCCGCGCAGCUCCGGGCUCGCGCCCCGUUUAACGGCAUUCAUGGCCCGGAUCCCUCCGCUGUGAGCUCCUCUCUGCCGGGCUGCAACGGCCGAAGCUCCGCGGAACUUUUUCCUCUUUCUCUCUCUGCGUCAUUCUGAGUCUCCAAAAGCGCACCAUGUCACUUGGCACGAGCACCAAAACGGGCUUUUCCGUGAGGGACAUCCUGGAUCUCCCAAAUCCAGCGGGGAGAUGCGGGUCCGGCACAGAGGAGACAGAGGAGGACGAGACCGAGGAGGCCUCCGCGGAAGUCUCGGGCUCUGAAAACGCGCCGGUGUUUGGAUUUAACGGCUGUGGAGGGAGCUACAGCAGGUGGAGCCGGGGAUCCGGGAACUUCCACUUCUCACGUGAGGAAACCAGAUUUUAGAUACCAUAAAAAACAGUUAAAUUUUAUAUCAUAAAGUUUACAGUCAAAUAUUUGUCUAAACUGGAUUUCUGGCGCAGUUUUCUCGUGCGUAAAAUCAGGACUAAGCUACAGGCCUGUUAAAACUACUUACUUCAGUUUCUACAUUACAUAUAUUUUUUUAAAACAUGUAAUUUUAACGUGCAAAAAUAAUAACUGAAUUUAACUUUAAUGAAAUUUUGACUUCACUAUUUGUCAGUCUGAUACAUCCGUGCGUAAAAGGAGAUUGUUCCAGACCCUUUUAUUUUUAUGUCUCCAUCAAGACUUCUCUAAAGUCUGCGGUGUUCCUCUAAAUAUCAUGUUGCUAAAAUCUAAAAUAUUUCCUGUCGUCCUCCUCCGCAGUACACGGUCUCACCCUCAACUCCCGCAUCGAGCCCAAAUCCCCGGAGCUCUCCACGGAUGAAUCCCCGGACGCGGAUCGGGACUCCGCGGGCGGUGCCGGGCAGAAGAGCCGCGGUAGGAAGCGGCGCGUGCUCUUCUCCAAAGCGCAGACCUUUGAGCUCGAGCGCCGCUUCAGGCAGCAGCGCUACCUGUCCGCUCCUGAGAGGGAACACCUGGCCGGGUUGAUCCGCCUCACCCCGAACCAGGUGAAGAUAUGGUUCCAGAACCAUCGGUACAAGAUGAAGCGGGCCCGGGUGGAGCACAGCCUGGAGGCGCUGCAGCUGCUGCCGGCCCGCCGCGUCGCCAUCCCGGUGCUGGUGCGGGACGGGAAGCCCUGCGAGAGGAUCACCGCGCAGGACCUGGAGGUGACGCUCCGGUCCGGGCUCAGUCUGCCUCUGUGCGCCUACUCCCAGCUGCUGCACCCCGCGUACGGCCCCGAGCACCCCGGCCUGCCGCAGCAGCAGCACCCGGGGGUGCAGCAGCUGGCGCACAUGUACCACUGGAGCUGGUGAGAUGAACUCAGACUGAGGGACCCCCCCCAAAAAAGGCUGAAAAACCGGAUCAGACCAUGAGAGGAGCUUCUGUUCGGCCUUAAAAUCAUCUACCUCUCCUCCAUAUUUGGUCUCUUCAAACUAAACAAUAUUUUAGAAAUUUAAAAAUUUCAUAAAUUUUGAGCAAAGUUGGGUUUGUACUAAGAUUGGAUUUUAAAAGAAGUAUUUUCUCCAGAAAGAAUGAGUGUCUUAAAAUCCGGCAGAAUAAAAAUGUAAGUUUGUAAAUCCAGAGACUCAGCCUGAGAUCUUAAUCUUAAUUUUAGGGUUAUUUCAGUCCCUCACAGCCCGGAAUAGGAGCUGAUUUCAUUUUUCACCUCAACAAGGAAACAAAAAAAUCAAAAACUUUUUCCUUUUUUUCACUCAGACGCGCAAAUCGUCUAAAACUAUCCUGGUUUGGUUCCUAAUAUGUGGACGGAGAGGUCCAGCUGAUCACCGAGGAGGAGCCAGUCUUUGGCUGAUCUUUGGGACUCUGUAAGACUUUUAUUGUUGAUGUUUUUCUCGGUGUUUUUUCUGCUAACAAAAGAAAAAAAAGUGUCACUUUUCUCGCGAGAACAUGAAGAUGUUUCCUCCGUGUUUUAUAAACCUAUUUAUAAUCAUGUGGACGGUGAGUUGUUUUGUAAUGAAGUGGAUAUUUAUGAUGGUGAAUAAAAGCUGGAGCAGGA